AUGUUCCAUGACCCAUGUUCCAUGACCCAUGUUCCAUGCCCCAUGUUCCAUGCCCCAUGUUCCAUGCCCCAUGUUCCAUGCCCCAUGUUCCAUGCCCCAUGUUCCAUGCCCCAUGUUCCAUGCCCCAUGUUCCAUGCCCCAUGUUCCAUGCCCCAUGUUCCAUGCCCCAUGUUCCAUGCCCCAUGUUCCAUGCCCCAUGUUCCAUGCCCCAUGUUCCAUGCCCCAUGGAGUGUGGAGAAGAGGCGAAGGGAGCUACAAGACGAAAUGAGCCACCUCGCUGCGGAGAUCGGGCGGCUCUUUUUGGCAGCUAGCAGGAGGAGGCGGGUGGCAGCAGAGGACCUGGGGGAGAGAGUGGAGGGCGUGCUGAGAGGGCUGGAGAUGGGUGCCGCGCGGUUCAGAGCGGUCGUGUCGUGGGGGAAGGCGAUGAGGAAGAGGAAAGGGAGGGAAGAAGAGGAGGAAGACGAUGAGGAGGAGGAGGGGGAAGAGGAGGAGGAAAGCGGGCAGCAGAAGCAGCAUGGGACAGAGAUUUUGGUGGAGGAGGGAUUGAUACGAGUGGAGGGGGCUGAGAGUGUGGGCGAGAGGAGCGACGUGCUCUAUCGAUACAGCAGCACUGGCAUGGAUAGGGUGGGUGGCAUGAGCACGAGGGUGGGUGGCAUGAGCGUCAUGUGCAUCACCCAUCUGCCCCACGCAGACACGCACAUGAGUGUGAGCGCAGGGGGAAGAAGGGAAAGGACAAGGUGCAAGCAGAUUAACGGGGUUGAUGGGCGCAUGCACCUUGUCCCUUCCCUUCUUCCCUCCUGCCUCCCCACCCCCCUGCCACACCCCCCUGCCACACCCCCCUGCCACACCCCCCUGCCACACCCCCCUGCCACACCCCCCUGCCACACCCCCCUGCCACACCCCCCUGCCACACCCCCUGCCACACCCCCCUGCCACACCCCCCUGCCACACCCCCCUGCCACACCCCCCUGCCCCCAGGUCAUUUGCAUCACCCACCUGCCGCAGGUGGCAGUGUAUGCAGACGCACACAUCGUUGUGAGCAAGCACAUGGAUGGGGUUGAUGGGCGCAUGCGCACCACUGCUGCACCACUCCUCCCCCUCCAUUCUCCCUGCCCCACACCCCCUUUCCCGCAGGUGAUCUGCAUCACCCACCUGCCGCAGGUGGCAGUGCACGCCGACGCGCACAUCAGCGUGAGCAAGCAGAUUGGCGGGGCCGAUGGCCGCAUGCGCAUGUGCACCACUGCUGUUCCAUUCCCCCCCUUCAUUUUCUGCCUACCACACCACACCCUCCUGCCGCCAGAUGGUCGCAUGCGCACCACUGCUGCCCGCCUCACGACCCUGGAGGAACGGGUGAGGCUGGGGAGAGGCACGGGUGAGGCUCGGAGGGAGGAACUGGUGAGGCUGGGGAGAGGCACGGGUGAGGCUCGGAGGGAGGAACGGGCCUCGGAGGUGGCUCAGAUGCUGGGGCUGGGCCUGCCCUCAGCCCUGGAGCUGUUUAAAGCAAAGGGAGGCAUGGAGAGAGCAGUGAACACAGUGAACACAGAGCGGCACUUGAAGGCUGUCCAGAGGGAUGCUUGA